AUGAUAUACCAUAAUCCAAUCGUGCCGGGUUUCGCACCCGACCCAUCGGUAGUGCUCGUGGAUGGCACUUUCUACCUCGUGAACUCGUCGUUUCAUCUCUUCCCAGGGCUGCCGGUAUACGCAUCUCGGAAUCUGAAAGACUGGGUGCAUAUUGGGAAUGCGAUCAACAGAGUCGACCAACUCUCAUUGACGAGGGCAGGCGUAGACGGAUUCCCCAUCGGAGGAGGACGGAGAAUCGUGGCUGCAACAGGGCUCUUUGCAGCCACGAUAAGACAUCACAAGGAGAUAUUCUAUAUCAUCUGCACGAAUGUCUACAAGCAAGGCGAUCGACUAAACACGUCCAACUUCUACAUCACCACGCUCGACAUCUGGUCGGACCAGUGGAGCGAUCCGGUCUACUUUGACUUUGAGGGAAUAGACCCAAGCCUAUAUUUCGACGAGGAUGAUCACGUCUAUAUCCAAGGAUCGUGGCAUGCAGGCCCGCUGGGCAACCCCAUGUGCUCAAUCCGCCAGUUUGAAGUGGAAAUCUCCACGGGCAGGCCUCUUUCCGAAAUCAAGACGAUUUGGACUGGCCAUCUCAGUCAGGGUGAUGUCGAGGGUCCACACAUCUAUAAGAAGGAUGGGUAUUACUACCUUUUUGUAGCAGAAGGCGGAACAUGGCAACAUCACUGCAUCACAAUUGCGCGGUCAACGAACAUUUGGGGCCCUUACGAGAGUUAUGCGGCAAACCCAAUCUUGACUKCCGAUGGGAAAGAUGAAUAUAUCCAGCACACUGGACACGGUGAUCUUUUUCAGGAUACACAUGGUAACUGGUGGGCAGUUCAUUUGGGAAUUCGCAAUGGAGAAGGUGGGAGAGCUCCUUUGGGCCGCGAGACUUUUCUCACUCCAGUGAACUGGCCAAAGGGAGGGUGGCCUGAAAUCCAGCAGACUUCUACAUCCUUUGAGUCGGUUGAAGUUGGCAGUAGUCAAGGCUGCACUGGCCCGGAUAUAUCUAAAUCGGGAACACCAGUCGAAUACCUCCACCUUCGCAGUCCGCGUCUCUCUGACUAUACAUUCCUUGCCGGUGGAAGCAAGAUCUCAAUCGUGGCCCGAGGCAAUGACCUUUCUACAAGAAAAGGAACAGCCAGUUUUCUCGCUCAGCGCCAACGGAAUCUCACCUGCAACCCAACUGCAACAUUGCAUCUCCAGAGAGACCGGCAAGAUUCUGUGCAAACUUUGCUAAAGGCUGGUUUCUCGCUUUUCAAAGAUGACGUCCAGCAUGUUGAUAUAUACUACGACUUUGCUAAGGGCAUUGUCGAGUUGACUCAUCACGACAAAAUCAGGCAUACUACGUGCAACCCAGUCGUCGUCAGUCAGCACCCAGUAUCGAAAGAUGCCGAUCAAAUCAUCUUCGAGAUUCGUGCUACUCCGAAUGAUUACACUUUCCUCUUCCGCGGGGUCACAGCAGGCAACAAGAACCUCCCUGGGUCAACGACCGAGUGGGUUUGCGCUGGAUCUGUUGACUCUUUGCACAUGACAGCUUUAGACUUCACCGGUCCUUCUUUUGGCAUUUUUGCAUCGACAAAUAUUCAAGACCCAGAGGGCGAUGAUGAUGUUCUUGAUAGAAAGUUUCGGGACGUGAUCUUUGAAGAUUUCGCUGUGUAUUGA